CUCCUCUUUGCGCUGCGGGCGGACGCUGGCGGAGAGGAGAGCUGCUCGUGACUGGUUCGCUCAUUCACUUGGCUGUGCUCGGAGCAUGCGCGUGGCAGGUUGCGGCCGCGGCUCAGAGUGAUGUGGUCGCUCUGGCAGUCGAGCGGGCGGGAGACUCGGAGCUGCUGCCGACGGAAGUGCUAGGAUGGAUAGAUGGAGUGAUGGCGACAGGCUUGGGCAUCUAAUGCUGGCGAUGUCCAUGCGAUAUGCAAUGGCACUGCAUUUGAUUGCGGAUGGCAGAGCGUUGGGCCGAGUAGUGAGCGACUGGUGGAUGGUUUUGAUUCCGCCGGCCGGAACGGCACCGGCAAAGAUCGAACAAGAGAAUGGAGCACAGGACAAAAACGUCACGUCGCCUCUGAAGAGGAACACGAUUCCACGACAUGGCCAACAGUGGGGCACACGUAGAGGUCUCUGCGCAUAUCGUGGAAGGACCAAUCGACGCUCGGGCCUCGGCUGUCUUGCCUUGGUGGUCUCUCGACUCAUCUGUCGCUCCGGUCUUGGGUGGUCUGUCCGAGCGAGACGCAGCCGCAAGCUGUGUUGUAGCACACAUUGCUACACCCUUCGCCUCUCGGCCUGGCCAGAGUCGCCAAGGUGUACGGCAUCGAGAUAAAGAUAGCAUCAACCAGGCGGCUGCAAGACAAAGGCAAAUUUCACUCGAGCGGGCCGCAAACUACACUGCAUUUUACUCAGACGGUGCUUGGCUGCUUCGAGGUCCUGCUUUUCGAUAUCGCACGUCUGCUACCAUUCAUCAGCCGCCGCCGCUGCCGAGACGGACUCACAGCGCUUGACUCGAG